AUGUCAUCCAAACCUCAAAUCGGCUUCUGUGGCUUAGGCGCCAUGGGCAUGGGCAUGGCAACGCAUCUCGUCAAGCAGGGCUACCCCGUAACCGGUUUCGACGUCUACCCACCUUCGCUCGAGAAGUUCAAGGCCGCCGGUGGCACACCAUCGUCUUCCCUCUCGGAAUCCGCAAAAGACAAGCCUUUCUACAUCGUCAUGGUCGCUUCGGCUAUGCAAGCUCAACCCGCGCUUUUCGACAAAGACGGCAUUGUGAAUGCGCUGCCGAAGGGAGCUACGCUCUUGCUGUGCUCGACGGUACCCAGUGCGUACGCGAAGAGUGUAGAGAAGGAGCUAGUAGAUAUCGGCCGGGACGAUAUCUUCUUCAUUGAUGCGCCUGUUUCCGGUGGUGCAGGCCGAGCAGCAGAUGGCACUUUGUCCAUCAUGGCCGGUGCCUCAUCUGCCGCUUUUGAGCAAGGUCAAUGGUUGCUAGCAGAGAUGUCCGCGCCUUCCAAGCUCUUCAUUGUCGAUGGCGGUAUUGGCGCUGGUAGCAAUAUGAAGAUGGUUCAUCAAGUCCUUGCGGCAGUUCAGAUUCUGUCUCUCAGCGAAGCAUAUGGUUUCGCUGCUAGACUAGGCUUGAACGGCAAGGACGUGUAUGAUAAGGUGCUGGGUAGUACAGGGUGGAGUUGGAUGUUUGAGAAUCGUAGUCAGAGGACUUUGAAGGAGGAUUACUUUCCAGGAGCGAGUGCUGUGACGAUUAUCUUGAAGGAUACUGGAAUCAUCACAUCCAUGUCCCGCAGCGUAGCCUUCCCAGCAACCCUCUGUUCAGCCGCCGAACAAGUAUACUUCUCUGCGCUUGACCGCGGUUGGGGCGCUAAUGACGAUGCCGGCAUCGUCCGCCUGUGGACCUCUGAACCUGUCACGAGCAUCCAAAGCAAUCUCUCAACCGAGGACAAAGAAGCUAAACUCCAGCUUGUCGUUGAUCUCCUAACUGGCAUCCACCUGGUAUCUGCCGCUGAAGCCAUUUCCCUAGCCAAACACGUCGGUAUUCCAUUGGCGCAGUUCUACGAAUUGGCAUGUGAUGCUGCGGGUGGAAGUAGUAUGUUCAAAGAUGCGGGCGCGAAGAUGAUUGCAGUGUUAGAAGGCAAAGAGGAUGGCAAAGGGAAGGCGCUUGGAGGGUAUGUGGAGAAGCUGAGGCAAGCUGUUGACGAGGCGCAGGCGAUCAAGUGCCCUGUGUAUCUUGGUACUGGCGCGUUGAACCUUUUGUUGCAGACGGGGAGUGAACUGAGUUUGGGUUCGUUGCUCAAGUGCUAUAUGCCGUAG